CAUCCCCAGCAGGGAAGUUGCGUUCAACCUUACUUGGGAAGUACUGAUCCUGCAUGGUAAGGGUGAUUUUAGAUAUUACCCAGGGAACCAGCUGUGACGAGAUCCGGUAACUCCAAUGGAAUGCGGCGGCAGCAGCCACGUGCCAUAUCAGGAAUCUCUGCCAAACAGGAUCUCAGUGACUCCCCUGAAGGCUGCCUCUGUUGCUCGUACACAUCAGGAAAAUAGAUUAAAAACACUGCAUCCAAGCCCUUGACACCCGGAUCCACUGCCCUCCUGCGCUCUCAACUGGGCAAGCACUCACUCCCAAUGGCGACCGGCCUACAACGUCUAGGUCAUAGUAUUUCCGUGUGACCUAAACACACUCCAAUCACUUAGCUCUCAGAGAUCGGAACCAUCGACAAUCACAAGCAUGCCUCCGCCCGCUCUAGCUGCGCUGUCCACGCAGCUUCCGGGGACAAAGGAGGCCUACUCUCCUCUCCCAACGGUCCCUGAUCCGAUCAAUACCCCUCUUACAACGACAAUCACCGAUUCCUCCACCGGAUCCACCCCACCAGCCUCCCCAACGCCCGCCCCUAAAAGAUCCAGGACCAGGACAACAACGGUCACAUUGACGCCGCUGGAACUGGACUACGACCCCACGCUCAAUGCGAAGCCUUGCUCGCCCUUCUACCGACACGCAAGCAUCAAGCAGUCAAUACGGAAUCUGGGCGCACAGACCAAAACAAGCCGCCCGUCCAGCUUCACCGACGCCGAACAGGGCUUGGUGACCGGGGACAAUCGGGGGUCUCAGCUCUGGGCCCAGAAAAGGCGACACUGUGACUGUCUGCGUGGACUAUCGCGACGACAACGGUUGGCAACCAAGGUGGCUAUCGCGAUUGUGACGCUAGGGUGCAUGGUCGCGGUGGCGCUGGGCAUCUCAGUGGCCGUGGGAGGGGGCGUAUGGAAGUCGAAUCAUGAGCACCAGGACAUUCCACGAGCGUGGGAUGUCAUUUUCUAGACCUAAGGGGUCUGGUUGUACAGCCUUAAGACACGGGAGGGAGAGAGAUGUGUACAGUCGUUUACUACAGUACAAUAGAAGAGAUCAAAUCGAAGGUGUCCCGGUCUCCCAUAGAGAAAUGCACCGCGAUAAUAGUUAUGCAUGGAAUAAGAAUGCCGGGUGACAAAUUAUGGGGGACGAACAAAACUGCCUGAGGUGUCCGUCGGCUAGCUUCGGAAGAAUGGUCGCCCCGAGCGGCUCUCCACCGCACGUAUAAGAAGCGCCGCAUUCCUCUCGC